AGCGACGAUUUUACUAAGACUUAUUUUCAAUAGUAUUUGAUGGGAAUUAAGCCUAACUAUUACAAGACUUAGCAUAAACAAAAAAAACUUGUUGAUGUAGUAAAUUAUUUAAAACUAAUGGAUGAUUAUUUUCUAAACAUAUGUUUGUGUAUAGAAUGUUAUUAACUAUCCCUGUUACAGUUGUUUCUAGGAAAUAAACUUUUUAAAACUAAAAUUGAUUAAAUCUUACCUUUGGUCAAUUUUGUCAGAAGAAUGAUUCAAUGGAUUUGAUUGUUAAAUUGAAUUAUACAAGUUUGAUUAGUAAUUUUACAACUAAUAAUUUGAGUUUUAUACUUGAGAAUACGAAAGUUCAAAAUUUUUAAAUAAAAUUUAAAUUACCAACCGAUUUGAUUUUGCAACAAAAAAAAAAAAAAGGUUUAAAAAUCAAUCCAUAUUAUAAACUCGCUUUAGAAUUUUCUAUCUAUAUAUGUAUAAAAGGCCAUGUUAAAAAAAUUAUUUUGGGUCUCAAAAAGUCGGCAAAUUUUCCUUGUUUAUUGCUUAUUAACACAAGCAUUCAUUAGAAUUUUCAUUUUUUUUGCUUUAUAGACUCUAGGCAAUAAUCUAUUUUUUUGUCAUUUUUAAAUUUGGCAUUUUGUGGUUUUUGUAGACUCCAGAGUGCUUGACACAAAUAUGAAGGCAUUGGGGAGGGAAAUGGUAAAGCUAUGUGCUGGUUUACCGUUAGCAAUCAUUGUGUUUGGUGGACUUUUGGCAACAAAGCAUACAGUAAGGAAAUGGGAGAAGGUAUACCAAAAUGUCCGUUCGCGUAAAUGGAGUGACGACCCCAUACAACAUUACGAUGGAGUAUUAGAGGUGUUAGCUUUAAGCUACCAUGACUUGCCUGAUCAAUUCAAGCUAUGUUUUCUAUAUUUUGGUCACUUUUCAGAGGAUUUUGAGAUAGAUGCUGAAAGACUAUAUAACUUGUGGAUUGCUGACGAUAUAAUUAUAGAUGCUGAUAGAGUGGGGGAUGAAACAAUAAUGGAUGUGGCAAAACGUUACUUGGGUGCACUUGCACAGAGGUGCAUGGUUCAAGUACAAGUAGAGGAGCAUACUCAAGAGAUCAAUUAUUGCCGCAUUCAUCACCAUAUGCUGGAUCUGUGUUUAUUAGAGGCAAAAAAGAAUAAUUUUCUUAGGAUCAUUCAUCUCCAACACAAAACUGAUCUAACUGAUUACUUGUCCACCACAUUAACAACUACUACUCUUGAAAUACGCAAACUUGCAAUUCAUUUGAAUAGGGAUAUCGAAAGAGUUGUCCUCCCUGACUUG